GAUGGAGAAGGCUUCCAAAGCUCAAUCCGUUAAAAACGAGAGAAGAUAAACAAAGAGAGAGAGAGAAAAGAAAUGGCAAUUCAUGCACCACUCUCAGUCGUCUCAGUAAAUUGGGCGCCCAAAAUCAGCUUUAAGAAGCUUGAAAAGAGAGAAAGAGAGGUUGAUUUCAAGCUGCUUAGAAACCGAAUCAGCUUCACGAGAUUGAGUGCUGCAGGGUUGUCCGAGAUUGAACCUGAUCUUAAUGAAGACCCUGUUGACAGAUGGGCCACCAAUGGCGUCAGCUCCGAAGAUUUUAAGUAUGGAGAGUAUGAUGGGCACCAUACUUACUUUGAAGGAGAGGAGGAGAAAGUAACAUUUUGGGGAGCCAUUGCUGAUGAUAUUCAAGCUAUUGAACCACCCACAGGCUUCCAAGGCCUUCUUUCAUGGCUCUUCCUCCCCGCAGUUGCAGCUGGAAUGUUCUUCAAUGUUCCGGGGGAGUACUUGUUCAUUGGAGCUGGAGUGUUUACGGUUAUAUUCUGUAUAAUAGAGAUGGAUAAACCAGAUAAGCCUCACCACUUUGAGCCUCAGAUAUAUAACAUGGAAAGGGGAGCUCGUGAUAAGUUAAUCAAUGACUACAACACCAUGAGCAUUUGGGAUUUUAAUGAGAAAUAUGGAGAUCUCUGGGAUUUCACUAUCAAGAAAGAUGAUAUCACAAAGCGUUAACUUCUCUUCUAAUUUGUAAUUAUUAGCCAUAUAUAGCCAUGUGAGCAUGGAAAGUAUAGUUUUUUCCCCUUGCAUUUGAGAAGAUUGACUGUUACUCAAACUUUUGUUGAUCAGUAUCGGAUCUACGUUUGCCUUAGGGUGAGUCAGGGAUUCAAAUUAUGGUUGCGAUCACAUUUUCGAUCGCAUUGUGUUUAUUGCGGUUAUGGACAUAACAAAUACUAUU